AUGCCGGGGUCGUCCCCUCGCAGGAGGACGGCGGGGGCCUGCGACGCGCUGGAGAGGGUGGAGAGGCUGGCGGCGGAGAACGCGGUGGUGAUCUUCAGCGUGAGCACCUGUUGCAUGUGUCACGCCGUGAAGCGGCUCUUCUGCGGGAUGGGAGUGAACCCGACGGUGUACGAGCUGGACGAGGACCCCCGCGGGGCGGACAUGGAGAGGGCGUUCCUGCAGCUCCUCGGGGGGCCUUCUGCUGUCCCCGUCGUUUUUGUCGGUGGGAAGCUGGUCGGGGCCAUGGACAGCGUCAUGGCCUCCCAUAUCAGCGGUACCCUCGUGCCCCUCCUCAAGGAGGCCGGUGCCCUCUGGCUCUGA